AUGACUGACCAAUUAUUAGAUCGUCCAAAAAUUGAAUUAACUAAGGAAGAAUUGAAACAGUUGGAAGAAUUUGAGUUUAAACAUGGUCCAAUGUCACUAAUUAAUGAUGCUAUGUUAUCUAGAACACCUGUUAUAAUAUCUUUGAGGAAUAAUCAUAAGAUUAUCGCAAGAGUGAAAGCAUUCGAUAGACAUUGUAAUAUGGUUUUAGAAAAUGUGAAAGAAUUGUGGACAGAGAAGGAGAAGAAUCAAACUGUGAAUAAAGAGAGAUUUAUAAGUAAACUAUUUUUAAGAGGGGAUUCUGUAAUAGUGAUUUUGAAGGCACCAGUACAAUAA